GUCCCUGAGAGACGAUACCCAGACUUCCGGUUUACUACGAGAUAGGAAUUUGGCAUAUGUGCUUUUGCCCUAUCAAGUUUUUGGUACCGUUGCCGGGGACUGCCAUGCCUUAUUUUUGUUGAUUUUUGUGAGUGAACUAUUUUGAUCUGGGUGUUAGUGCGCAGAAGAGUUUUCAGGUUUAUCCUUCUCGUGCAUGCGUAGGAGGACGACUGGCAAUUUACUGCUACUAGAUUCGGAGAUCGAGAAGACCUGCCGUCAGAACAAGAAGCAGUUCAAGUUAGGGAAGCAACCAACAAGAAUUCCUAGGUCUUUCCUAACCCAGAGAGGGCGGGCUUCAUCACCUGUCAUCCUACACCACUGACACCACCACCACCGCGCCACAUCGAGCCUGUCAUCAUGGCAGACCAGGAUCAUUCGAUCAGGGUUCUCUUGAAUCGAAGGACUGGAGCCCGAGCUUCAUGUGUUCUCAUUCCGGCUAGGGAUGAAACCAUGGAGAUUUCCCCAACAUUUAUCAAUAUGAUCACCAACGGGUACACUUUCUACGGGGCUAGCACUGAGGAUCCUCACGAACACCUUCGUCGGUUCGCAAGCAUUUGUGAUACGAUGAAGAGCCCGACUGUGUAUGAUGAUGCAAUCCGUCUUAAGAUGUUCUCAUUUUCUCUAAAGGGAAUGCAUCACAUCGGUUUCAGAACUUAACACCACGUUCCAUCAUGACAUGGGCUCAGCUUGAGAAGGCCUUUCUGGACAAGUACUUCCCACCUGCCUUGGCAAUGAAGAGGCAAGAGGAAAUUGUUACUUUUAAGCAAGCAGAAGAUGAGAGUCUAACAGAGGCGUGGGAGCGUUAUAAGGGGCUAUUGAUGAGAUGCCCAAGCCAUGGUCUUGAAGAUUGGAACGUGAUCAUUAUUUUCUUCAAUGGAAUCAGAAGGGAGUUUCAUGAUGCCCUGAAUAAUGCUUCUCGAAAUGGUUUCACAAGCAUGGAGGCACCAAAAACAUAUGACCUGGUAGAGAAGAUCUGUUCAGAAGCCACUGAAUGGGGUAGUGAGACCAGUAUUCGAAGAAGAGGAGGCUUGCAUGAGAUAGACAGAGUUGCGAGUCUAGAAGCCAAGUGAUAACGAUGUAAUUGCACGUAUUUGCACCCCUAGUCUUAUCCGUUUGAGGGGCAUAGUCGUGUAUUUUUGGCCUAUUUUACGCCGGGUUGUGCUACUUUGUCAUAUUUCAGGUCCCAGGCGUCAAAGGAAAGGCUAAGCACGAGUUUCGGGGCAUUCGGAAGUCAUUCGGUCGAGCUGGAACCAAAACACGGGCACGCUUAAAUCAGAACACGGCCGUGUUCUUAGACCGUGCUUUUACUGUCGAGACUUGAUAUGAGGUUGGAAAACACUAGCUCAAAACACGGGCAUGGCUGAGACAGAACACGACCGUGUCCCCCAAAAGCACGCCCGUGUUUCUCCCAACAGGCUGGCCUUGUAAUUAACCCUUAACAAGGGC